GCUGCAAAAAUGUCAAGGGUUCUAAUAAUAAUUGUGCUCAGCCUUUCAAUCCUGAAUAUCUCCAAUUGCAACGGAACGGACGAUCGGCAUAUGUGUUCCCAUACUGUUGCUGUUACCUAUACGGAAGAAGUUCCAAAAAAACUGGAGGAAUUCGGGAUCUUUGAAAAAUAUUUCAAAGAAUUGGGAAUACCAGGAGGAAAUAAAAUAGUGACCAAAACCAGACUGGAAGAAAAAUUGGUUUGUUGUCCUGGCUAUAUAAAAUCAGACGACGGAGACUGUGUGCAGCUUCAGACGACAACACAGUCAACAACUGAAGAAUCCCAGACUUAUACGGAACUACCUGGCUUUACUUCCGUAAUGGAUCAGCUUUCACACGGUUCAACCCAAGAAAAUGACGGAGGCUAUUUACCAUAUAUAUUGUAUGCAUUAUUGGCAGUUGGCAUUCUCAUUAUUAUUGGAUCUCCUGUAUGCUUUAUUAAAAAUCGCAAACAAAAAAUAGGUAUUAUUGAAUUCGAACGGGUCAUUUUUAAUGCAGAAAUGCAAAAAGCUUUAAUAUAGACUAGUGUUGUUUGAUAAGCAAGAUAAUAUCGAUUUCUAAUAAAGUAUCCAUAUUAUGAUAUAUACAAAAUAUUAAAGAAAAGCAAGAAUGAAAUCAUUUCUAUAUAUAUGUACCUCUCUUAUCUAUGUAUAAAUUUCACAAUUGUGCGAAAUGCUUAAUACAUCAGUUCGUGGUUUCUGAUGAUAAACGUAUACGAAGCUCACUGAGCUCACUUGGCCUGAUUAAGAACAAAGCCUUUUGUUUAUUUUAAGAGAAGGAGAAGCUUAUUGCAUCAUUGUAGAUUAUCAUUUAAAUAUGAAGGGGAGUCCCAUAAAAGGUUUGCAUUUCUUUGUUGCAUUUGCUCUUAAAGACGAGAAAUGUAAAGUGAAACUUAUUGGUCAAACAUCAAACAAAACUUUUAAAUAAAGGACACCAAAUAACACAAUUAGUAAAAUUAUAAUGACACAAAUCUAACCAAUAAACAUGAUGUCAAAAUCUAAAUUGAAAAAAUAAUACUAAGCUGUCUAUACAUAAGAAUUGUAUUCUAUAUUAAAAUUUAGUACCAUG